AUGUCCAACCAGACCCUCGGCGCUAGUCCAGCUGCCUCCGUCGAUGUUGCCCAGCCCCCAAACGGUCACAAGCACUUGUCCCCUACGGAGCGCCAGGCUGUCUACGAAAUGCUUCUAGGAGCUUCCAUAGGAGAGGUACUCCCUCGAGGAGUCAUUGUCAAAGCAGCGAAGCAGUUUGGCUGCCACGAACGCACCGUAUCAUGCCACUGGGUUCGGGCGCAGCUCUCCCUGCGGCAUGGUUGCCUCUCCGCUGAUGCCACGAAAUUGAGUGACUCUUCGUUCGCUUUCGCUGCGUGUGGGAUCCCAAUGACAUCCAUUAUUCGCCACAAGAAGAAGACGCCAAGAUUCAUAGCCAAGUCGAACUACGUCAAACCAUACCUCACGCCAGCGAACAUCGAAGCUCGUCUGAGCCACUGUUUCUCCAACAUGCUCGAUUUCGUGCAUGUUGAUGAAAAGUGGUUCUAUUUGACGAAGGUCAAACGUCGGUACUAUGUGUACGAUGACGAAGAGGUGGCUGCGCGCUCCGUCAAGUCUAAGCACUACAUAACCAAGGUUGUGUUUCUUGCCGCCGUGGCCCGUCCCCGCUACGAUCAUCACUCCAAGACGUUUUGGGACGGCAAGGUUGCUGUGUAG